AUGGCCUCCGUACUGCUUUAUCCGAUCGCAUACGGACUGGAACUGUUUUUGGCGUCGGCACUGAGUACUCAGAUCGCUGUCUCCCUCGCAGCCGUGCUCGUGUCGACGGCCGCUGUCAUCUACUGCCAGAGAACCGUCGCUUUAUGGUGGUCGUUGACGUCGACAACAACCCAGACAAGAACCAACAUCAUUCGACCUCAUGCUGUAGUAAACGUAACGGAAGAACUAUACGAUCCCGAAACUGACCCACCACGUGACAGGGGAGGGGGUCAAUCAGCACCUAGCCAGGACCUCCCAAUUAAAGAAAAAGAGAAAGAAACAAUAAAAGAGGAUUUGAUAUCGGCGGCGACCACGCCCAUCUUUACUGUGGCCGCCACGAGGCGAAAACUUAGUGACGAUUCGGAGGGCAGUACGGAGGGGAGUCUAAACGGGGAGGAAGGAAGUGAAACGAGAAGAAGAAGAAAAUCAAGUUCUGGAAGCAACAAGGAGGGUCAACCAGAGCAAAGCUGGCUUAAUAGACAGCCAGCUUAUAUGCACCGUUCACAUUGGGUAGCUAAACCAGCACAGCCCAGGAACAACCCCCUCCUCUAUAAACCAUCCUUACUACGCCGAGCCAGCGCAGACAAUAAUGGCCACCAUCAUCCUCGCGUUGUCGACUUCGCCACAACCGCGGAGAUCACGCGCAGAAGAGUGGAUGAAGAUGAUAUCCACGAUGGGGGCGAAAGGGGAAGGGAGAAACCUCGGAAGCCUACCCUGGAUCGAAGGUCAUCGUUUCCUUCUUCUUUGCCCUCAUCCUCGGCCACCUCUCUCUUGCAGUCUCCAAGGAUGCAGGCCUCGUCAUCACUGGUUACCACCUUGAUGACGUCAUCAUCUACGUCAUCUCCCACAUCCACGCCAUCUUGCUCGGUCGCUACCCGCCAAUCGUCGUCUUCGUCAGACGAUCACGGCUCAGACACAGCUGAAGGUAUCGUCAAACCUGUACUCUCUGGUGGAGAAUCGGAAACGGAAGGUCAUUCCGCACCUCAGAAGACACCCUCUCGAGAUUUAUCCACAGAGAAGAAACACUUACCCAGCUCAAGGAGUCUGAGUAGUCCAUUGCCAUCGAUCACGGUAAUGGCCCCAGCGACCAUUCAUGAGGAAAGUGAAGCAACAGAAUCUGCAAUCAAAAUACCAACCUCUGAAAGUCCUGGAAUAGUCGUGCCUAAGGUCUCAUUUACGACAGAGUUAACUCCGACACCUCUGGCAGAUGUUGAUGUGAGAAUCCUCGAAAGCAGGGAUCCUGGUCGUAACAAAGACGGUGAGAAGGAACAGUCACCAUCACUUCCAAAGAAACGCAUCGCAUUGCCAAUCAUCUGCAUUGAGAGUGAAUCGGACAAAAGUGACAGCGACACUCCGGCUAACACAAGCGGAGAGAGUUCUCCUCCUGUAAACAAAUCAAACGAUCUCUUCGUUAAGUUCUCAGUGAGGCCAGCUUUUGAAAGGCCACCACCGAGUAGGAGAGUUUCAGCUGAUUCAGCCAGUUCAGGGCCGGUGCGUCCAUCGGGGGUGAUACGGAAAGACAGCCUCGGUAUACCAUCGGUUGUGAAAGGGGAGAUUGCUUACCCUGGCGUCCAACGGAAAAUGCCGACACGAAGGCAGUCUGAACCAUUGACAAUUACAGUACAGCCACCUGCUAUUUGUGAGACAAAACAAGAAAAGGACCAAACAAUCUCACAGGAGGUUAUUAGACCAAUUCCGCAGAGGGCUGAUAGUCUUGGAGUUCCCCAAGUCUUCACGGGUGAAGCAUCUUUUCCAAUGAAACAACCUCAGACUGGACCGCCAGGCAAUAUGCCACCUGCAACUGUCAACCCAAAGAAACCACCAGGUGCCAGGAGGAAAGAAAGCCUCGAGGUACCAACAAUUGCAACUGAUGAAGUGUCCUUUCCCCCAAUGACAAAGACUGUAAUGGGACCACCUCUGGAAAGACCAAUCAAGCGCCAUCGGCCACUUAGUUUGAAUAUUCCAUCGCUUUCGGCCACAUCUCCAGAAGAAUGCUCAGAAGACAGACCUCCGUUUUCUGCUCCAGCUGCCAAGAGAAAACAUACAUCUAUCCUGAAACGUGGAAACAGUCAUGAAAAACCCGGUCCCAAAAAAUCUGUUACAUUCUCGCCGACAGUAUCUCCACAGGAGAUCCCACCUGAAUUCAAUUUCGAUCGCGAAUCUGAUGGAGCUAUUUACACUCUUCCAAAGCGACCCAAAAUGUUCCGCCAUUACAGCAUUGACUCAUCCGAUAUGUCUUUAAGACAAGAGAGAUACCGCGCCGCUGGGAGACAAACCGCUCAAUGUAGAGAAGCUGGUAUCCUCUUUUCAGAUGAUCAACCAAAUAUCUCUGGUGUGAACAGGACUAGUAGUGAUUUCGGCAGCCUUUCUGAUUUUGACAUGAACAUGUCUCCUUCAGUAUCAGAAGGAAGCAAGGAUGUUGACAUGGAAACACAUACAUCGGACAUGGAAGAAAGUGAUGAUGUUUUUGAGGAUUCCAAAGCUCUCGAAAUCAGCAAUGCCAAGGCUCGAUUCCUCGCCGCUGGUGGCGCUCGCGCUGUUAUGUCCGUUUUAUGCACACAAGACUCAAGUGAUUCCAAUGGUCAAGGGUCAAAGUAUUCCAGUGUUGACCUCCUUGAAGCAGAGGCCAAGACCGACUCAUCACCGUCAGAUGAAUCGCCUCAAUCAACUUCAGACACGACGCCAACAACAGAUACCCUUUUCAAGGAACCAGAGACCACUACGAUCAAGAUUGUUCCUGAAACCGAAUCGACAAGAACAAUCACUACGCUCUCCUCACCUGAUAAAGACAAAUCUGAUAUUGGUCCUAAGCGUUUCAUAUCAAGCGAGGACCUUGACAUACGUGCUUCACUUCUCUUCGUGGAGACCGUUCGGAGUUCUGUGGAAUCUGAUCUUUCGGAAGGGCGACACAGUCAUUCAUCUGAAGAAAGUGAGAAUUCUGCGAGCGAAGACGUCGUCCGCCUUCCCGCAGCCGAUUCCAAUAGUGCCAAGAGUCGGUUCUUCCAGUCUUGUCAAGAGACCAACAUCACGCCAAGGCACCAUCGUCACCAUGGAGAAGAUACCUGGAACACUCCGACAAUACCAGAAUUACCUGAACCAUUGGAACUUGAUUCGCAGGAUGAAGAAUCAACUUCAGCUGCUCGUGAUGCUGAUAUCGACGACUCAACAUCGACAUCGAGUUCACCAUCGUAUAGCAGUAGUUGGUAUGGUUUUCUAGAGCUUGACCCUUCGCGACCGUCUCUCGCCAACCUUGAUGUGGAGAUCAUCGAAAGCACCGACAACGACCUUUCAGCUCCUCUUCGAGCGGAUGACGACACGGGUGACGAGGUCGAGGAUGACUGCGGGAGACGAGAAAAUCAAGAAAGUGUCACGUUAACUGGGGCAGAGGAUGGUGGGAGGUCUAGAAGAGGAGAGGGGGAAGAAGGGACAGCGGUGGUAGGAAGGACGGAGGAUAAAGAUGAUGAGGCGAAGGACGCGUGCCCAGAGAGGGCUCCUAUUGCCUCGGUGGGGGUUCCUCUUACCGAAGCAGGGGCACCAGCAGAGGAAUCCAGAAGUGUCGGGUCCAGUAAGGACGAUGCCUUGCGUCAUCAAUGGCCACUAGCCGUUUCAUCAGCUUCGUCGCCUGGUCAAUCUCGACAUCGUCGUCACUUUAAUACCCCAAUCAUCAUCGAUAACGGAACAUCGAUGGUCAGAGCGGGACUCGCUGAUGGCGUGGCGCCCUCUGUCACCAUCCCGACAGUGGUUGGCCGACUGAAGAAGGACCUUGAAAGCUUCCGACAUCGUAAAGACCUUUACGUGGGUAAUGAACUCACCAAAAAGUACGGACUGGUCUGUGUAAGCAACCCCAUGAAAGGAGGGUUAAUCGAUAACUGGUCCGAGUUGGAAUAUAUCUGGGACCACGUGAUCAAGAAGGAGCUAAAUGUCACGUGGGAAGAUCAUCCAAUUCUGCUGACAGAGGUGGCAUCGGCACCAAAACGACAGAGGGAAAGGGUUCUUGAGGUGUUAUUUGAGACGUACAAGACUCCAGCUUGCUUUGUGGCUAACCAAGGUGCUUUAGCCCUACAUGCCAAUGGUGAAACCUCUGGACUGGUCUUGAGCAGUGGUAGCGGGGUAACGGAGAUCGUACCGGUAUACCAGGGGUGCACCAUGUCUCAUGCAGUUACCACGAUGCCAGCAGCGGGCCGAGGGGUCACCAGAAGGCUUCAGCGAAUCUUGAUGGAUGAAAGAGCUUUCUCUGUUUCUACGCCGUUUGACCACCGCAUUCUACAAGAAAUGAAAGAAAACAUGGCGUAUGUCUGCAAAGAUUAUGAGAGUGAGAUGUCACAUUCAGAUUUGACUACACCAAUCAAAUACUCUCUACCUGAUGGCUCAUCAGUCAUGCUCCGGAAGCGAGAUCUCUUCCAUUGUUCGGAAACCAUCUUUAGACCUGACAUAGUUGGACUACCUCAGAAGGGACUGGUUCAAGUCCUCAGUGACUGCCUUGAAAAGUGCAACCCAGAGUUCCUUGCUGGUCUGGAUCCUACAAUCCUGUUAGCCGGUGGUAAUACCAAACUCCGUGGAUUUACCGAACGACUCCAACACGAACUAGACAAAGGUGACUUCAACCGGACCGCCAUUGCCCCCGACAACCGCGACAUCACCACCUGGAUCGGUGGUGCCAUCUUGGCCUCGCACUCGAGCUUCGCUGACAGGCUGAUCACUAGUGAAGACUUCGAAGAGUUCGGGACCAGUUUAGUCCACAAACAGACUAUCUGAAGUCGAGGGCUCUGUGACCAAGGUGUCGAGUGUAGACAAACUAUCUGGAAGAUAAAAUGACCGUGAUGGUCGUAGCAUCAGCUGACGCCAUCAUCAGUCUAGUAUCCAGGAAAGAGAUAGGCUUUUGCCUUGCUUGUACGGGCGGGUAGAUACGUUCGGGGACGACAAUCUCCCUUCCUGAGGUUUCUGUCGUUCGUUGAGGCAGGUAGCUUGAAACCAUUGUGCCGUUUUUCUUGACUAAACGUAUAUCUAUAUCCAACAUGGUAAAAGCAAACAAUUCGCUUGAAAUUUAGCAAACAUCUACUGAAAGAUAACAAAUCAAAUUACGUCCGUUUGUCUUGGAAGAAUCCACAAUCAUGAUUUAAUCAGAAUGAAAUCCUUAACAUGAAUAAAUCUUAUUUUUUUUAUCCUUACCUUUCUUUGAAUAUGAAUUGGUAAGAUAAAAGUAGUUCUUUUCUAUCCCUGUUUUCUAUACCUAUACUCUGCAUGUAUACCUCAACAGUAAAACUCUGGGAAAUCCAUUACUUUUUCUAAAUCAAACUCUCCCCAAACCAUGAGCAUCGAUAGUGAGAAUAGAAAUGUAUCGACCAAAAAUAAGUCCCAAAUGACAUUUAAAAUUAAUUCGAAUGAAAAUGAGAGAUUCAGGAAAAUGUCAGUUAAAGAAGCAUAGGAGCCACGGGAAUGAGGGUACGUCCCCAAUGAUUAUAGUAAUCAAAAUUAAUGAUUUAAAAACGGAGGUGGAGGGCAAAAAUAAUAAUCUUAAUUGAGAAUAAACUCAGGGCAUCUAAAAGUUGUCUUCCCCCCUCAACCGCGUAGCUAGGAUUUCAUUUUGGAGGGGGCGGUAAAUGCACGCGAAGCGUGCCAACACUUACAGAGCGCGCUUCGCGCGCUCCCUAGGGGGUGGGUGCAGGAAGCCUUCGGUGUUUCAUAAAUGAAAAUGAAAAGGAGCCGUCUCUCUUGUCUCUAGUACCAAUAUCAGCUCCAAUUUAGUUGACUUUAUUGUGAUUUCGAACCUUAUUUAUAAUAAUAAUGGAGGACAUUAAAAUAAUUAUUAUCCCGCGCAAAGCGCGGAAGCUAAAGCGUUUUAUCAUUUUUUUCGAAAAUAAAAGGGUCCCGAGAAGAGGUUAUUCUCUAAGUCAUAUUGAAUGCUUCCCUUGGAAAGAUCAGAUUUGAUUACAAACAAUUUAGCUACAGUGCAUAUCUUUAACUCACAAAACAGAGGAGGAGGGUAUAUGCCGGGAGGAAGAUAUUCAUCCCCACGCAGAUCAAUUCGAAACUCUGAAAUUUCAAAGGGCGGACGUUUCAUCAAAUGCAGAUAUAUCUAUACCCAUCGGCUCUAAUUCAAUAGAUUUUCUAAGAUUAUUGAACUUCAUUACAAGGAAAAUAGUGCGCAAAAAGUUGAAACUCUGUGAUUUAUUGAAAUUAUAUAAAAAAGGAUGAUUCAUAAUGUCAUUGACUUAUCCUUAAGCGCUUCAUUUUGAAUGAUAAAGAUCGAAACUUAAGUGUCAUUCAAAAUUUCAAACUGAGGGCGCAAAAUAGGACAGGAAAUGAAUGUGUAGGGAAAUUACACGAAGUUUAAUAGAAUUUGAUUUAAAAAAUUGUACUUUUUUAUUUUAUACGACACAAAUUUUAUACCUUCCUCUUUUUAAAUUAGGAACCUGUUUGCCCCCAAAUUAUGGUUGUUCAGUAAUGAGCUGAAAAGCGGGAGAAGUUGCCUAUAUGGAGGUGACGGCAGAAAUUGAUUUAAAGAUUUUACCCGCCCGGAGCCGACCCGACCAGAGGUUGCGCGAUCAAUUUGAGAAAAAAAAGAUAACUUCAUACACUUCAGCCUAACCUUACUCUAAUUCCAUGCCCUCAUGUAUACAUUUGAACUUGAACUGGCAAGAAACACAUAUAGCUGAGGUGGAAAAACAGGGUUAGAGAAAGGGUGAGGGAAACAAAGGAGAAGUGACUGCAUUAUUGUCAUUUAACCGCGCGCAGCGCGGAAGCAAAAUUCAUAAAUAUGAAUUUAGUGAAGGAGUUUCUCUUUUGAGAAAAAAAAAAGAAUAAAAAGAAAAACACACAGAGCUACAUUUCUUACCUUUCCUCCCUUCGCUUUUCAUUUUCUCCUCUCUUUUUCCUUUUUUUUGAGGGGGGGGGGGGAGACCGCCCCCACCGCCCCCCUGGCUACGCGCCUAUCCCCCCUGCCCCCAUAUAAAUAUCAUCUGUUGCCACCCCUACUUGCUUUGAAUACGAAAAAGUCUUUAUUACCAUUAAUAUGGAAUGUUGAAAUUGAAUUCAAGUAGCAAACGUCUACGGGUUGAUGGAUAGCCAUGAUAGCUGAAGACCAAAUAAUGUGAGAAUAAUAAUUAGCCCAUGGUACACGUCCCACAUCGAAUUUCAAUACCCCCUUUCUCUAAUAAUUAUGGAGAUUUGGCUCCACGACGCGCAACAAAUCCAACAACAUAGAAAAUCUAUUGUCAAAUGUCCUUCAGAGCAAAGAGCAACCAAGAAGUCUUUAUCGAAAAUAGGUGAAUCAAAACAGCAGUUUCGUCCCGGACUCUGGACAAACGACAUAUUUGCAAUUUUUCGUCAGCUCCGAAGCCUAGAACGAAACUGCUGUUCCGGUUCAUAAAGGUCGACAAAGACCUCCCAGACUUUCAUUGCUAUUUGACGGGAACUUUUAAUACUGUAUUCUUGAGCCCGUUGUGCGUCACAACGCCAAAACUCCCUACUGUUGGAAGAAGCAACAGAAUUCUUUAAUCGCUGGUGACUCAUUAAUAACAUUGAACGGUCACGAUUGAACGUGGCAGUCUCAUUUAGGAAAUCUGAUAGUAUCGGAUCUUUCAGACUUUAUGAUGACGAUAUUUCAUCAAUUGUUAGAUGUAAGUGGCAAAAAAAAAAUUGAUAUAAUUUUGAAUGAUUAUGAUGAUAAAGAAAUCUACACGUACCCAUUGUUAUUAUGAGUAUAUUUCAUUUGCUAUUUUGUAUUUGGGCUUUUAUUCAUGUAGUUCUUAAAAAUCAUUUUAUUGUAUCUUUCAUAUUAACCAAGAUUUGUACAAAUGCUUUAUUUUCUUUAUGCUUUCUUUAAUAAUUGUUUAAAUUGCUCUUUCAAAAAAUAUCUCGGAUAACUUAUUUGUUUGUUAUUUUGUGUUUUGUGUUAUUCAUUUACUAAUAACACUAAUAUGAAAGUGGUAUAUUAUUUGGUAUUUAAAGCAUUAUUCGAAAACAUAAAAGUGAAAAUAUAAAUCUAUAUUCAUGCACCACGCACAAUUUUAUUGUAUAUAUUCAUUCACUUCUCUUUAUUUUGAGUUCACAGAUUAAGUUUAAAGGAGAAUGCUGCUUCCAUGUUAUUGAGGAAACCAUCGAAAACACAUAUACUUAUACUAUCUAUGCAAAAGCUAUCAAAGUAUUUUUUCUAAAUGUAAAAAAAACAAAACAAGUAUCUUUGUAACGAAGUUGAUUGUGAUCAGAUAGUGUUCUUGAAACGUCAUUAUUCAAUUUAAAGAGUGGAUGAAUAAAUAACAUUUCGUAAUUUGGGACGGAUAAGUAUAAAAUGAUGUGAUAUUUGUGUGCCUUACCAUGAAAUAAAGACGUCAGCCAAAGAAUCGGAAAUAACUAACCAAUGAGAGAAGUUCUGAUGAGAUAUGAGAAGUUUUAUAGCCAAUCAUCGAAAUCUACCUUCCAAGUAAAUAUAACAAGUGAAGUGAGCUGGUACGCUGCUUGAUUGUUUAAGGUUUGAUGUUAAAAAGAAGAUGGGCUGCGCUGAAAUGAAUAGUUCAAUUUUCACCAGUUUGUACAAAGAAGAUUAUCGUAGAUGUAAAUGAUUAUACCUAUAUUGAAGGAAAAUAUGCGGUGACCAAUUAUAAGGUUAUAUUGAGCCAAUAAAUUAGAGUCUUGUAUAGAAACUGCCACGCAUUUAUUAUUUUUGAUAACAGUAACGCGUUUUAAUAUCGCGUGUAAGAAAAGUGCAUCUAUCAGCCUAAUCGAUAUUGUGGAAAAUGUCUACUCUUUAUUAUCUUGCUUUUGAAUUAUCUUUGGUGAUUAAUAUUGUUUGAAAUGUUUGUGCACUAGUAGGAAGACUCAGAAUUCAGUAGAUGCGUUACAUAAUGCUGACUGGUGUAUUGCGUUGAAUUGUAAAUUCUGGAGUGUUUUGGACAUUAAAAGCAAAUUUUAAAUAAUUCG